AGCUAUAUUCUUGUAGACGAUGCAUGUCAUUUAUGGGUGAUAAGAUUUAGCUUGAUUAAGCUUGACGCUUGAUUUAGCCUGACGAAGCUUGAUUCAUUGUGUGAAAGUUCAGUUCUGCGCGCGUCAAACGUAAUUUCAACUGAGGUACGUUGACUAGCUUACAGUAAGCGCGUUUUUGUUUUGCUUUUGCGAGAAACCGAACAUCGGAAGUUCCACUUCACAAGCGGCAAGGCGAGUUAUGUAUGCUUUAAGCUUAAUUUAUUUCCUUUUUUCCGUAGGUAGACGUUUGUGCAUGUGUGCGUUUGUGUGUUGUCCAUUUUACAAUUUGUGUGUCUGCGGAGGGCCGUGCCGUAAUUUGUUUUAUUCAAUUUGGCUUCCAAAUUCUCUGGUUAUUCAAGGAAGCCAAUGCCUUUCUGCUAUCUAAAUAUAGUGGUGUAAUUACUUUACAUUUAAAUUUCGUUCUUUUGCUGUUUAGAAUAACAGAGUUAGUCGUUCUUGUUCGUUGUUGCAAACAUGGCCAAGAAGUCUUCAACGAAAGGUUCGAAAUAGGACUUCAGCGCUUUUGAAGUUUGAUAAGAAUCCGUCGAAAAAAGUUUGGUUUAAGCAUCGCUUGAUACGCUGAUACUGGAUACUAUACUUAAUAUCACUUUGCAAAUUUCAACAUCAGUCGGGUGAAAUUUAAUAAAUCUUUUCACGAUAAUGGCCCUAUGUUCACACCUGUUCUAUUUCAAAGGUAUCCGUAACGCUAAUAAUGUUUUGUCAAAGGAAAAAGAAAAAACAAGAUCGAAAAGAAAAACUUAAUAGGAAUUCACUAACCAUACAAGUUACAUUUCGAUAUUUUUUAUAAAUAGGAAAACACUUUUGACAACGCACUCGUAGGCUCCUCAAAUAUACCUGUAAAUGUAAUUGUUUUUCUUGUGUGCUUAUACCAAUUAGUUAUGGAAGAAAUUAGAUAUAUCUCAUCUUUAACAACGUUUGCAUCUAGAAUUAGAAAAACAAACAUGACGGGAACUAGUUAAUAAUUCUAACUGUCAGAAUUACUAUUCAUGCCACUCUUAAUUUAUUUUUAGUGCUUAUAUCCUUAUAUAUAGCGAUACAUGCUUGUCAGACAUUUUAUAGACCUAAUUUACACCACUAUAUUUAUUAUUUUAAGCAUUUUAUUUCUGUGUAUGUUUUUAUGGAAGUACUUGGAAGAUCAUGUGUUAAGGUGGCUCGAUUGGAUUUUUCAGGCUUUAAGCAUUUACUACGUUGCCAUUAAAAAAGAUAUGGAAAACCGAUUACCACAGCUUUCUCAGACAAAAGAUGAGCAAUGGGCGCUUUGUUGUCAUCGGAGUCGUCAUAGCAACGCCAUUAUGACUUCAUUAUCUAUUUUCCCUUGCAUCCCCCAUUUCUCGUCACUGGGAUUUUUUUUUGAAAUUUUUUUCCACCAAUACCUGCCCCAAUGUUCGCGGAGUUUGAGCAAAAUCUAUGAGAACGCCGUUUCAAAUUAUUAUUUUGCGAUGAAGUUUUUAUGGUCAGAAACACAGUGUAAACUGGGCAAUCUUGAUGUUUUUUCGUUAUCUUUGGAAAAAAACAAGAGCUUUUGACAAUUUCACCGCAAAGUAGAUCCAACCUUUUCGAAAGCGUGUGUGCAAGAUCAUGUGGAUAGCUUUAGCCAAUUGCCGAAAGAUAAAGAUUGAUUAGCGUUACUGGGAAUUUUUUCCCACAAUGUUUUCCUCCAAUACCUACGACAAUUUUCGUGAAGUUUGAGCAAAAUGAUAACGUUUGCGAGUUAUUUUGGCAUGACGUUUUCACGGUUACAAACACGGUUAAAACUGAAUAAUCUUGAUGUUCCGCCGUUAUUUUUGGAAAAAAAAAAGACGUGCGUGUGAAAGAUCAUGGGGAUAGCUUUAGCCAAUUGCUAAAAAAGAAGGAUUUGAUUACCAUCAAGAUUUUUUUGUUUUUAUUGAUGUUUAUCACAAUUUUACAACGAAUUUAAACAAGAUAAACUCAAAGGCAAGAAGAAAGAAAUAAAAAGAAGAGCAAACGUAUUUCAUAAUUCACAGAGUAAAACACUACAGUUAGUUAAGGAAAGAAAAAAAAGUAGAAAAAAACCACUACGUCAAGGUUUCAACGGAAUAUACUAAGGGAAGAAUUAUAAACUGUGAUCAAGCCAAAGUACGAUUAAAUGGCCAUUUGUUAAAUUUCUAGAAGCAAAAUAAACUUAUGUAAUCUUAACAUUAGCUGGUUAUGUAAAAUUGAAGCCUUAAGCCUUUUCUGUCCUUUCCUGUCUUAAGAAUUGAAGCCUGUAGAAUUGAAGUCUUAACAUUAGCUGGUUAUGUAGAAUUGAAGCCAGGGGCCAUUUGAAUGAAUAAUCACUACUAUUUUAAUUGGGAAGGCAGUUUUCAAUCUGACCACAUGGAUAGUGUAAGUAGACAACAAGCUUUCAUUUGCUUUCUCGUGUUUUUUCUUUAUAGAUGCUUUUCAAUUUAAGGUAUCCGAGAAGCUGAACUUUUUGAGGGCAGCUUGGAGAAAGUCAACCCAGCAAAUUGUAACCAAACCAAACAUGGUACGACACGGUACGAGAAGUUUGCGUAGUAUUAUUUUUCCAUUUGCCUGCAUUCUAGUUUUUGGUAUGGUGACAAUGUUCUUGCUUGAAUAUUAUAUUUACAUGCAGUUUUGGCAUAAACGCCUCGAAAUAGCAAACAAACGUGGCCAAUACAAUGCUGGUACAGAAAAACAUCUUAAUCAAAAUGGUUUCAACAGAAUGGAAAUUAAACGAUCUCGAAUCUUAUGUUGGAUACCAACCUCUCCAACCAGCCUCACUAAAAGAGCAAAAUCAGUGAAGGAUACAUGGGGGAAACGCUGUGAUAUGCUUUUGUUCUUCAGUUCGAAAGCGGAUUCCAGAUUUCCUGCAAUCGGGUUAAAUGUUAGAGAAGGAAGAAACACACUGUUCGACAAAACCCGUGCAUCACUCAGAUAUAUUUAUCAACACCAUCUGCACGACGCUGAUUGGUUUUUGAAGGCAGAUGACGACACUUACGUGAUCGUGGAAAAUCUCCGAAAUUUUCUGACCAAGUUAAAUCCCUCGGAUCCUCAUUAUAUCGGAAGGAUGUUUACUACGCAUGGCGGAUACAACACUGGAGGGGCUGGCUACGUUUUCAGUCGCGAAACGUUAAGAAUAUUCAAGAAAGCGCUGGACGAGGGUGGCUGCCCACGAGGAGGUGGUGAAGACACAUUUGUAGGAAAAUGUCUCAAAUCUCAGGGAGUGAGGCCCGUGAGUACGAGGGAUUCAAGCGGGAGAGAAACAUUUUUUCAGUUUAGAACUGCACCCCAAUUGAUACCAGGCCGUCCACCGCAUGGCUUCCUCUCGAACUACAGCUUUCCUCUUCCUUAUAAAAAUGGACCCGAAUGCUGCUCAGAUUAUCCAAAUACUUUUCAUAAAGUCACACCAGCGAUGAUGUAUCUACUUGAAUACUUAAUCUAUCGUGUCAAAGUUAAAACAAUAUAUAAAGGAACAAUAUAUAAUUGA